GAUCGAACUCCAAUAUCCACAACAUCACAACAUUUAAAUAAUCUUAUUGAAUUUAAUCAACAAAAUCUAUAAAGUUAUGUAAAAAGUGGCCUGGUCCGGUUCUGUCUUCGAAUGUUUUUGCUAAUAAUUUCAUUUUCUGUAUUCAAGUUACAUAAAUUCUCAGUGAAUUAAAACGUCCAUUGCCGUAGUUUCUUAUUAGAUAAAACAAUAAUAUUUAUUAGUACGAACUAAGUAGCAAGAGCAAAAUGAUAACACAGCAGAAUAAUGAAGAAACUAAAAAGAAAAAAUAUCUUAAAGAUGAUCAUAUAUUAACAGUUGCUUUGUGUGCGAUAUCCAUACCACUAUCUAUGUCACUGUGGAUCGCCAAUAUCGUCUAUUCAAAAUUUAUUCUUCAAAGCGAAGGAUUAGACGAGCCUAUAGUGAUAUCUCCUGCCAGAUGGUUAGCUUCGUGUUUAAUUCCUUUAUCCAUAACAGUGAUAGGGUACAGAAAGAAGAGUCUGAACUUCAGUGGUGCUAUGCUUGGGUUUUUUGUAGGAUUCAUCCUUACAUUGAGCAAUUACUGCUUCUUGGCAGUCCUAUUUACUUUUUUUAUUUCAUCUUCAAAGGCUACAAAAUUACGUCCACAUUUGAAAAGAAAAUUUGAUCCUGAUUUCAAGGAAGGUGGCCAAAGAAAUUGGAUACAAGUAUUAUGUAAUGGAGGUAUGGCUGCACAGCUGGGCUUGUUGUACUUAUUGGAUGUUGGAGCAUCUGAGCGGCCAAUUGACUUUGUGAAGGACUACAGGGCUUCCUGGCUGUCUUUGGGCAUUUUAGGUGUAUUUUCUUGCUGUAAUGGUGACACAUGGGCAUCAGAACUUGGAACAGUAAUCUCUAGCAGUGAACCAUAUCUGGUCACUUCAUGGAAAAAAGUGCCAAAAGGAACAAAUGGGGGUAUAAGUGCAGUUGGAACAUUAUUUAGUGCCAUUGGUGGAUUUGUCAUUGGAUUAUCUUAUUACAUAUCUGUUCUUUAUUUUACUGAUUCUGCAAUGUGGGCAAAUGCACCUCCUCAAUGGCCUUUGAUUGUCUAUGGGACUCUAGCUGGAUUUAUUGGCAGUCUCAUUGAUUCCUUUAUGGGAGCAUUAUUGCAAUAUUCAGGAUUAGAUAAGGAUGGAAAAAUAGUAUCUCAUUCCCAGCUGUCAGUGAAACAUAUCAGCGGUAGAAAUAUCUUGGAUAAUCAUAGUGUUAACCUUAUAUGCACUGUAAUUAUGGGCUUACUUACGCCUACUAUAAGCAGAUAUUUAUGGCCUGUAUAUUGAUAAGGCAUUGCAAUUGUACUUACGUCUGCCAAUGUUAUGUUUUUAAAUUAAACUCCCAGGUACUUGCAGUAAGGACAUUUAUGUACAAAAGGGCAUUUAUGUUUUAUAUGGUUUAUUUGAAAAAUUGUUGGUGUAUAAUCUAAAGCUGCUGAAAAAAAAUGAAACAUACUUCACAUAGCUGAUUUCAUAUCUUGGACUCCUCAGGGCUUGUGCCGGCACCUAUUUUAAUGAUAGGUUUGUUAAUUUUAAUAAGUACAUAUGUAUUGUCUGUUGAUAGGUUUCAAGACAGCUCAUAUUGUCUUAUGAUAUUUGCAUUUAUAUUUGUUGAAAAGAACUAACUACUAAAACCUAUCUCGAAUAAACCAAUAGUUGUUUUGGUACUUAUUUGAAAGAGAAAUUGUUGUUUUAUGAUGAUGGUUAUUUAUUAC